UGGACUAGAUUUACAAUAGUGCGCCAGUCCGUUUUACCAUGCUUAUCAGCUGCAUGUGCCGUGGGUUGAGCCAGAGAUUAAUCCCUACUGAAAUGAGACACGCAGUGGGUGUUUUGUGUGUCCUCUUGAUUGCAGGUGCAAACAGUGCCUCCGAUCCCUGUCUUUCCUACACGACGCUGGAUGGGGGUGUCAGGGACAAAGACGUCAUUACUAACCCGUCCCGGGCGUCACUGUGUGACAAGUCACUGGCUCCAGGGUGGUACAGGUUUACCGGUGCCGAGGUCGCCAUGGCCAAGGUCGACAAGUUCCACUGCGGCGCCGAGUCAACAAUCUGGAUGGAUGACCAAAUCCCGCCAGUCGGCACAUCAGCCGACCGGAAGUUCUGCUUCAACAAUCUUGGUAUCUCGCCAACAGGAUGCCUGUGGUCGGAACAGGUCCCUGUGAGGAACUGUGGGAAGUACCUGGUGUAUCAGUUCCCCCUCAAGACCAUCAUGUGUCCCAUGGCAAUCUGUACAGAUACUUCAAUACAACCAUGUCCACAAUAUCAGGUGUCCCAGUCUGGAUUCACACCAUGUCAAAAAAUCCCCUGUCCCGCCGGCCAAGUGUCCGCAUCUGGGUUCGAACCCUGCAGAGUUGCCUACCCGGAAGUCACGGACAACGUGACCUUGUCCGGCCCUGAGCCGUCCCAGGGCAGUGGUUACAGACAAGCGUGCAGCUUCACGUCAUCCGACACGUCCCCGGACGCGAAGUUCAAGGUCACGUGGUCUAUGAACGGAGUUCCGGUGGGCACCACGAUGGUGACAGGCAGCGCGAGAACGGCGUACUUCGACCUGAAUCAGUGGAAGGGACAUAUCAAUAGCAAUCUGACCUGUAGCGUCCAGUCCUCCACCGCCAACAGCAACAACUGGAACCCCCACGCCUACACCAGCAACAGCUACUACGGUGGCAUCAAGAUCGAGCCUCAUCCUUUGAACAUUGUGGAAGGAAUUGAUAAGGAGAUUGAGAUCAUCUCUACACUCCCCGUCUACUGUCAAGCCAUGUCAUCACAGAUGUCGUGCAGCCUCCACCUGCACGUCAUAUCACCAGAACUGUUCACGGUGAGUAGCUGUGACCUAUCCCUUACCCCCACCGACUGGAACCCCUCCACCCACGAGGCGAGACUGACCCUGGAAGUAGCUACAAAGCUGGACCCCGCCAUUAAGGCCAACUCUCAGACCACCUUGUCUCUCGAGAUAAUACCGGAUGUAUUCUCUGGCCUGGACGUGUGGAAGAACGCGACCGUCUCACCAAUACAGGUGUCGGUGACAGAUACGCAGUUCAAGAUAUGCACCUCUGUCGGCGAUCCCCACUUCCUACAGUCGUUCAACCCUGCAAUUCAAGGGUUCUACAGCCUGUACCAUAUCGGACACUUCAACUUGGCCGGAGACCGCAGAGCACCGAUAGCGGUUCAGAUAGAGACGAACCUCUGGCACCCGACACACCUCCCAGUCAUCACAGCUAUAGCAGUACAGACAGGCACUGAAACGACCAUUAUCGACACCGACGGGGGCAGCACGAACCCCACCGUCAUCAGUAACAAACGACCGACAUCGCACACACUGCAACGUUGUGGGACCAAUGAGUACCAGAUCUACACCCCCAUGGGGCACAGGAUCAACGUCUACCAUCAGUAUGACAAAGGCCACUACCUGGACGUGAAGCUCACCUUCCCCUCCGGCAUUGUCUCCCUCACCGACAUGGUCAACAAAACCGACAUCUACCACGAAACGUGUAACAUAGACACGACUACUAACGGCAUGAAGACCUUGACGAUCACAGGAGAGUUUAACGGCAAUGUUAUUGACCUAUUUAGGGUGAACCCAGACAGUGACUUGUUCCACGGUAAAGACGUACACACGACGAAGAUAGCGCCCCAGAUCUACUGCUCCUGCCCACCCCGUAAGCCAGGACACGUGGUUGAGGUUCUGUGUCAACGAGGCUUGAAAGUCAGCGACCCUUUCAUUGAUAGGCCGACGUGUAAGGAGUUCAUGCCGAAGACAAUAACCGCUCCUCCAGCACAGAAUCCAGCAAUUACAACAACUUUCAAAGAAUACCAGCCUUUGCCGCAUCCCUGGCCCACCGCGACUGGAGUCACAGAGGUCAAGGCCAGGGCAACCUGUUAUGAGGCCAUUGUCAACUUUACCUCGACAGAGUGCGGGUCUCAUAUAACAGUCAACGUCGCCGACUUCGUCAGCAGCUGUGUGGAUGAUGUCCAGGCUUCCGGUGGGCUCAGCUACGUGGCGUCUGCAGUCCAGGCGUUCCAGUCUAAAUGCGAGACCGACAUCCUCAGCAACCCGAAGAACUACAUAGUUACAUCGACCGGACAGCUUCAAGUACCGGAAGUCAUAACUCGCCAGUGCCCUAACUUAUGCAGUAUGCACGGGUCAUGCGUGAAAGGUGUUUGUCAGUGCGAGACUGGAUGGGGAUGGACCGACUGCUCUGUUAAAACGGGGGAACCUUUUGCUAUCACUGGUAUAACGGGCGGGGUUCGAUGUGACACGUCGGUGUCCAGCGACUGUUUCAGCCCCACCCUGACUGUCAGUAACCUUGGUUACAUAAAUUUCUGCGUGGUGACACCUGCAUCUUAUGAACAAGGCAGGCCCAGCAAACCCCAUACACCCUAUACAGGGACCUACAGCCGGGAAAACGCCUUCGGCCUCACGUGUAAUAUGAAACCCACACCAGGCAUAACAGCCCAAUCCUACACGAUCAAUCUGCUCACUCAGUCCAACGUCGGUGGAAACUCCAUCACCUACGUCAUCUACAACGGCAACUGUCAGAUGUGUGAUGAGCACUUCACCUGCUACCGGAGGGCUGAUGCGUGCCUUAUCAAAGGUCACUGCUACAAGGCUGGCGAAACCGUUGAGAUUGGUCAGCAGACAUACACAUGUAAUCCUAAGUCGAAUCUGGACGGGUGGACGCUCUUUCCCUCGGGUUCCGCGACACAACAAAACAGCACCUGUGUCUGCCAAGCGCCUGUGUAGGGACAUUGCCGUUUUUUUGCAGAUUAUAUAUAUUUCUGUAACAAUAAACGAUAAAUACACUUGA